CUAUAAUUGUUGACAGUUGGGCAAGUCCUUUUUGGUCCUUUUUCAUCGUAACAAAGAAAAAACAAAAACAAAAAUGGAAAUGAGGGAACCGGCGCAAUUUCCUUAGUCCGUAUAUUCUAAUUCAUCGGAAAAUAUGCUGGAUUGAUUUUACAUGAAAAGAAAUUUUAAGCUUAAACAUUUUUCCGUUCUCGAACUGUUGCUUAAAGAUGUUAACAAUUCACGUUAGAGGAGGUGGAGGAGGCUGUAUUGUGAAGGAUGACAAGCCCGAAGUCGACAAGGAUAAACCGCCUCCAAGGUCGAUAGACGCCAAAUUGAUAUCGAAUGAAAUCAUAAAACCAUUCGAGCCUCCGAAAUUCACUUCAAAACUGGAAUUGACUUUAAGUUGCCGAAAUUUGCUGAACAAGGACAUUGCAACAAAGUCAGAUCCAUAUUGUAAAAUAUCAAUGAUGGAAUCGUGGCAGGGCAAAUAUUACGAAAUAGCUCGCACUGAAACGAUUGAUGAUAAUUUGAAUCCGGAAUGGGUGACCAAAGUCAUCGUCAACUACAACUUUGAAACCAUUCAAAAAAUGAAAUUUGAUGUGCGAGACCAAGAUAUUGGUGGACUGUACGAGUCGUUGGGAGUGUUUGAGACAACUCUAUCCGACAUUGCUGCCUAUAGUGGUGGUCAGUUUGUUGGAAAAUUAAAGGGUGCAUCGAUUCUGCGAAAUUUUGGCGAAAUUAUCAUCGUAUCGGAAGAGGUCUCUAGUUGUAAGCAAAUUUUUGAUAUAGAAUUUGGAGCUGAAAAUCUCAGAAAAUUGUUGUUGUUCCGGAACAAUGAUCCGUUUUUGGUGUUUUAUCGGGCAAACGAGGACGGUUCGUAUUCAGUCGUUGCAAAAACCAACGUUGCUCAGUCAACUCAAAAUCCAACGUGGAAGCCACUUGUCGUAAAAGCUAGGAAUCUAUGCAAUGGCGAUUUAGAUAGAUCUAUUAAAAUUGAUUGUUAUGAUCGAAGGCGUAACGGAAAUCACCAAAAAAUUGGCACAUGCUACACAACAAUGAGAACUUUCGAAUCGGCACCACUGAAUCUAGUUCAAGGCCGAAAGAAUUCUGGGUGCAUAAAAAUCAACCGGUUUAGUGUCAGGGAGGACUUCACGUUUUUGGAUUAUAUUCGACACGGAACACAGAUUCAUUUUGUGGUUGCUAUUGAUUUUACAGUAUCUAACAUCGUUCACACUGAUCCCAAAUCAUUGCACUUUAUGACCUCGAGUCGUUCGAAUCCAUACGAAAUUGCUUUGCGUAGCGUUGGCGAAAUUAUUCAACAUUACGACAAUUCACUGAUCUAUCCUGCAUUUGGUUUUGGAGCCAAAUUACCGUCUGGUGAAAUUUCACAUCAAUUUCCAUUAAACGGAAAUCCAGCGCAUCCGUAUUGCAAAGGCAUUGAAGAAAUCAUGGACCAUUACCGAAAUUGCUUAAAAACUGUCGAACUUUACGGGCCGACAAACUUUGCGCCAGUAAUAAACAGCACAUCUGCGAUUGCAGAAAAGUAUCAGGACGGAAAACAUUACUUUGUUCUCCUCAUUAUAACCGAUGGUAUCAUCUCCGAUAUGCGUCAGACGAAGCAUGCCGUUGUGAGUGCGUCUUCUUUGCCUGUUUCAAUAAUUAUUGUCGGUGUGGGAAAUUCUAAGUUUGAUCGGAUGAAAGACCUUGAUUCCGAUAUUUUUAAAUUGACCGUAGAUGGUCGUCAAGCUGAACGCGAUAUUGUACAAUUUGUUGAAUUGAAUAAGUUUGUGACGAAGAAAGGAAGUACCACCGUUCGAUCGCAAGCUGAUCUGGCUAAAGAGGUACUUGCCGAAAUUCCACAACAGUUGACAGGUUUUAUGGAAUCACGAGGACACAAACCUCAAAUAGUCCAAGAAAUGGCACCGGAUCCGACGGUUAUAGUACCAACAGCACCGACAAUGGAUAUGUUAGAUAUUUAACCGAAUUACCU